GGGGCAGAGGGCCCUGGGGCAGAGGUCGCCGGCCCCGCCCCCAGAGGGACAGGGGCGGGGCGAGCGCGUCGGAGCCGAGGGGGUGGGACGCAGGAAGGGCUGGGAGGAGGUGAGCUGGGCGUUGAGGAGCUUGCGACUGCUGCUGUGGCCCGCGCCAUGUCCGCUCGCAACUUGGGCACGGAGCUGGACCUUAGCUGGAUCUCCAAAAUACAAGUGAAUCAACCAGCAGUUCUGAGGCGUGCAGAGCAAAUCCAGGCUCGCAGAAUGGUGAAAAAGGAGUGGCAAGCUGCUUGGCUCCUGAAAGCUGUUACCUUUAUAGAUCUUACUACACUCUCAGGUGAUGACACAUCUUCCAACGUUCAAAGGCUUUGUUAUAAAGCCAAGUAUCCAAUCCGGGAAGAUCUCUUAAAAGCUUUAAAUGUGCAUGAUAAAGGCCUUACUACAGCCGCUGUUUGUGUUUAUCCCGCACGAGUGUGUGAUGCUGUGAAAGCACUGAAGGCAGCCGGCUCCACCAUCCCAGUGGCUUCGGUGGCCACUGGCUUUCCAGCUGGACAGACUCAUUUAAAAACACGAUUGGAAGAGAUCAGAUUGGCUGUGGAAGAUGGAGCUACAGAAAUUGAUGUGGUAAUUAACAGGACCUUGGUGCUGACAGGCCAGUGGGAAGCCCUGUAUGAUGAGAUUCGUCAGUUUCGCAAGGCCUGUGGGGAGGCUCAUCUCAAAACCAUCUUAGCAACAGGAGAACUUGGAUCUCUUACUAAUGUCUAUAAAGCCAGUAUGAUAGCAAUGAUGGCAGGAUCAGAUUUUAUUAAGACCUCUACUGGAAAAGAAACAGUAAAUGCCACUUUCCCGGUAGCUAUAGUAAUGCUACGGGCCAUUAGAGAUUUCUUCUGGAAAACUGGAAACAAGAUCGGCUUUAAACCAGCAGGAGGCAUCCGCAGUGCAAAGGAUUCCCUUGCCUGGCUCUCUCUCAUAAAAGAAGAGCUAGGAGACGAAUGGCUGACGCCAGAACUCUUUCGAAUAGGUGCCAGUACUCUGCUUUCUGACAUCGAGAGGCAGAUUUACCAUCAUGUGACUGGAAGAUAUGCAGCCUAUCACGAUCUUCCUAUGUCCUAAAUCAGACCGAUUCCAGAAAAGUUCUUUACAACGAUGUUUAAAAUGUGUUUUUCUACAUAACUGCUAAAAUUAUUUAGUUAAAAUAUGAGGGAACGAAUAGGUAACUGACGGGUUUUUUUUUUUCCCUUCAAGCUUUCACUGAAUUUGAUUCAAAAAAUAAAAGGAAAAAACAACUAAUCCAUACGUGGUAUUCUUUUCAGGCACAUCUGAAAUGGUUCUAAUUACUUAAUGAUCUGCAUUGUUAAUUUUGUGAAGAUUUCCUCUUAAAAAAUUCUGAGUAAAAUAUUAAUGAUAACUUUGAUGACAUUAAAUUCUAAGGGGGAAAAAAAUGCUAAACUGCUCAAGAAAUGUGCUUUAGCCAAAGAAAAUGGAGCAUUCCAGAGCUGCCAGCCGUACUCUAAUGACUCCAGGAAUCACUGACUUGACACUAAUUUCCUGCCAUGAAAAUCUGUCUUUAAUUUUUACAACAGAUACGCUCUUUUAUUAAUUGUUUUGCUAACGAAACGUCUGUCAUUGUUAUAUGACAUUAUGGCUAUUGCCUUUUUAAAAAAUCUCUGUAGUUUAUUGUUUUGGAAAGGAACUAUAAAUUCUAAUAGUACAUACUGAACAAGUAAUCCGUUAAACAUACAAAAAGGUUUUAUCAA